CAGCAACAGCAGAGACAAUCCCCCUGAAGGCUCCGAAAGCUUUGCGCUGUAACAACCGAACCCGAACCCAUUUCACCCCUCCACAGAAGCCGAGUCUGUGCCCGCGCUCGCGUCCAACAGGUUGGGAUCAGACGGACGCUCUCCUCUCUCCUCCGCCGCUYACGUUCAUUUCAAACUGACGGCCGAGAUGAUGAUGAUCAUCAUCGCGGAGUUCUUCGUGGUUCUCCUCAAGGUGCUCUGGGCUUUCGUCACCGCCGGGGCCAAGUGGGUCGUGCGGCCCAAGGAGAAGAGCGUGGCGGGACAGGUGUGCGUGAUCACCGGCGCCGGCAGCGGCCUCGGCCGGCUGUUCGCCAAGGAGUUCGCCCGGAGACGAGCGACCCUGGUGCUGUGGGACAUCAACAACCAAAGCAACGAGGAGACGGCGGAGAUGGUGCGGCAGAUUUACAGCGAACUGGACGAUCCGGUCACCAGAGACGGACCUGUUGGAGGGGUGGAGGAGGUCCCCGCCUUCCAGCCUCAGGUCUACACCUACGUGUGUGACGUGGGAAAACGCGAGAACGUGUAUUCCACGGCGGAGAAGGUGCGCCGGGAGGUGGGAGAGGUGGACAUACUGAUCAACAACGCCGGCGUGGUCUCCGGUCACCACCUGCUGGAGUGUCCAGACGAGCUGAUCGAGCGCACCAUGGUGGUCAACUGUCACGCGCACUUCUGGACCACCAAGGCAUUUCUCCCCAAGAUGCUGGAGCUGAACCACGGCCACAUUGUAACUGUUGCCAGCUCUCUGGGUUUAUUCAGCACAGCUGGAGUGGAGGAUUACUGUGCCAGCAAGUUUGGUGCCAUCGGGUUUCACGAGUCUCUCAGCCACGAGAUUAAAGCCUCGGAGAAGGACGGCGUCAACAUGACUCUGGUGUGUCCUUACCUGGUCGACACGGGAAUGUUCAAAGGUUGCAGGAUAAGGAAGGAGAUUGAGGCCUUUCUGCCUCCCCUAAAACCAGAGUUCUGUGUGAAACAAGCCAUGAGGGCCAUCCUCACAGACCAGCCGAUGGUCUGCACGCCUCGCAUCGUCUACAUGGUGAACUUCAUGAAAAGCAUCCUGCCCUUCGAGGCCAUCGUCUGCAUGUAUCGAUUUUUAGGGGCCGACAAGUGCAUGUACCCUUUCCUGGCUCAGAGGAAAGAGGCGAUGAACAACAACGAAGCAAAGAACGGGAUCUAGGGGGCGCUGUUUAACACGAGGGCAUUUAAAACUGCAAGCACGAGGAAACAACCACUGAGGAUGGAAACGGGGGGAAGGCGGAAAGAAGAGAGACUGACUCUAGACUGGUGCACUUGCAUUGAGCAAAUGCAAAGGUUUACCAUAUUGUUCCUCUGGAACAAAAAAAAAAAAGCUGCGUACUACACAAAGGAUUUAUUUUUAUUUGUUUGUUUUAAAGAAACCAACAUCUAYAUAAGGUCGCUAGUUUUGAAAUCAUACAGAAAAAGGUAUUCAGUAAUUAACUAUUUACAUAAUGUAGUCACCAGCCUUAUUUAGUGUCAUUGUGGAAAUAUACAGUAUGUUACUGUACAAACAGUAAUCUUUUUUUCACUUAUUUUUAUUUUUGUAGACAUGCACUGUAAUUUCUAUUUUUUUCUAAUGUAAAUUCUGUAUUUUUUUCCAACACUACCAGCAUUCUUUGUUUAAGUUUUCCAACAUUUCCCCCAACACAGGAAGAUUUUUUUUUAAUCCAACUUGCACAGCUGCAGCCAAGGCUUUGUGUGUGCCAUUUUAAACAAAUAUUCCACAAUUUUACCAUUUUUUGUUUUUGGUAAAUAUAUGAUUUAAAGACUUAUAGUAUAGUUAAAUGUUAUUUGUGCAUUCCAAACGGGACAUUUAACGGCCAGACUCAGCAGCCUAUUAUUGGCGCUCCGUUYUGGUAAAUGUCUCAGCUGAAAAGUGAAAACUUGCCGCCCCAGGUUCAGUUAACACGUGGCUGAAUGUAUCACUUGAGAAGAAACGUUGGCAUUUUUCUCAUUUGUGUCGUUUUAGUGUGUCGUUCAAAUUGUAAAUUUCGAUUUUGCAGGUGAAACAGCUGCCAUGACCWGGCGGCUGGAUUGAAAAUAGUGUAAAAUUUGUGUCUGCCGUCGUUCUGACCAGUUAAAAGUGAAAUGUAUGUGUUUAAAUGUUAACACUCCAGUGUCCCAGCAUAAGUGUUCCCACCACAUUUGAUGUCUGAAUAUUUUUCUAUGCGUUCGUUUUGAAUUUUAACUACCGUACAUUCCACUAGGCAUCAUUCCCUCAGUCACAGUGAUGAGCCUAUAUUCUCUACCUCUUAAUUUUUUUGCCUUUUCUUUCUUUUUUUGUUUUGACAGUUUUAACAUAAGUCUCUUUUUGUAAUAUCUUAAAGACUGCUACWUCGCAGAGCAAAUGUGGUUCCAAUGUUUAGUGUUUCUACCUAACUUAAAUUAAUAAAGUGAUUUAGAUUAUUA